AUGGCGACUCUGGCCAGUAUGAACGAGAAGACGCCCAAAGAUCCAGCGAACACAUCAAUCGAUGCGGUGAGCGUCGAAAAUGGACAUCUCGAUGUCCAAACGAGCGACAAGAGUCUGGAUCGUCGUCUGCUGCUGAAGCGUGACCUGGUGUUGCUCCCUUCGGUCGGCUUGCUGUACAUGAUUAUGUUUCUCGACCGCACAAAUAUUGCAAACGCAAAGAUCGAAGGUCUAGUCCAAGGGCUAAACAUGCCCUCAAACGGCUACAGCACAGCCUUGUGGAUUUUCUAUAUCCCGUUCAUUUUGGCCGAAGUGCCAAGUAACCUGAUACUGAACCAAGGCAAGAUCCCACCAAACUACUUCCUGGGAGGAAUGACCUGUGUCCUCGGGAUUCUCGGCAUGUGUCAGGGGCUGACGGCAUCUUAUGGCGGGCUGCUGGCACUGCGUUUCCUAAUGGGCGCUCUUGAGGCUGCCUUGCCGGCUGGAGCGGCGUAUAUGAUCUCCAUCUACUAUACGAAGAAAGAAGCUGCGGUGAGGUUCGCAGCCUUCUUCAACUUUGCUCUUCUUGGACCUUUCUUCUCGGGUCUCCUAGCAUAUGCGAUCGUCAACCUGGAUGGGACAGGUGGUUACGAGGGAUGGCAAUGGAUCUUUAUCAUCGAAGGACUGAUGACAGUCUUCUUCGGCCUGAUCGCGCUCAUCUUCACGCCAAACUUCCCCAAGAAAGCCCAGCACUGGUUUUUGAAGCCCAACGAACGAGAAUACCUCAUUGCGAAGCUGGAAGCAUCCAGGGGUCUAGAGGAGAAGGGCUCUGUAGCCGACGACGUCUCGAUAUGGAAGGUUCUUGUCGACUGGAGGAUCCACCUCUUCACGCUGUGCUUCUUCUGCUGCGAUAUCACAGCUUCAUCGAUCUCUGCAUUCAUGACAUCCAUCCUCAAGGAGCUCGGGUGGACGAGCAGCAGAGCCCAAGUGAUGACGAUGCCUGUAUGGGGAUCAGGUAUCUUCUUCACCUUCCUCGUCACCUGGACCGCCUCACGAGUCAACUUCCGCGCACCGUUCAUUCUGGCCUCGACCUGCUCCCAAUUGGUAGGCUGGGCAAUCAUGGUCGCAUACGUCCCAGCACCAGGGGUUCGUUACGCGGCACUGUUCUUCAUGAGCAUCGGCACAUUCCCACAGAUGCCCCUUUUGAUGACUUGGCUGAGCAACAAUCUUCGCGGGCGAAAGUAUCUCGCCGUGGGAAUGGCGUGGCAAGUGGGCUUCGGUAAUCGCGCGAAUUUUGUCAGCAGCAAUGUGUUCAUCACUGGGCAGGCUCCACGUUAUCGAACUGGAUUCGCGAAUGGGCUGGGCUGGACAUGUUCUGGGUUUGCGUUGGUCUGCUUUACCACUUUACUGCUCUCCAUCAAGAACAAGCGAAGAGCGGACAGAGUAUCUCGUCUAAGUGUCGAAGAGAGGGCGCCGGAGGAACAGAAGUCUUUCAAGUUUCUGUUGUAG